UACAUGCAUCUCGACUACUAUAUAGAAGGUAAAUACGCGGUUUGAGACGCAGCCCACUGCUUCAAGCAGUUGUCUAUUAGCACGUACAGCAUGACAAAUAAUUAACUGCACUUGAAGCGUUUGUAAAAAAAAUUUAAUAAAAACCACCUAAAACUGUAUACAGUACCAUAACGAAGACGAACUGUAUGUUAUUACGUGAAAUUCUGGAGGGAACGUCGGACGGCGUGGCGCGGUGACGUAAUGGCGUGUGACGUUAAUCGAACUAUGUUCUAGAACAUGCAAAACGGGUACAUGAAAGGAAUAUUCUAAAAGCAACUCAUGUAAACACCUUAAUCACAUUAUAAUUUUACUCAGAGUAAGGUCAAUAAUUAGAUUACUGCUGUCCAUGUAGUCAGAGAGAGAAUAUAUAGUUUACAUUCACAUCGACCUAAUACGCAUUAAUACAGGAUAUGCCGCAAAACUAAUCCGCACAAUAAUUUCACUCAUGGGCAAAUUCACAUUGUUGUGCGUUGGUGCAUGAUUUGCUCUGGUUCAUGACGACAGAAGUUUCCUCCGCAUUUCCUCCUCUCAGUUCUGCUGCUCUGCUCUGCUCUCGCCCAGCUGGACAGAAAUGCUGAUAUUUGUUUUUGUGCUGUGUGGCUUCGCCUUCUGUGGACUCUGUGUGUGUGAGAGAGAUACACAAAGCUCCAAGCAGGUAGAAGACAGAAAUGCCGUGUUUACGGAAGAACAGGAGGCCAAUACGUUUUUAGGACGCCACCUGCUGUACAACCGAUUCGACUUUGAAAUCUUCACCCCAGGCAAUUUGGAGAGAGAGUGUAUCGAGGAAGUGUGCAACUAUGAAGAAGCGCGUGAGGUUUUUGAAAAUAUUCCAGACACAGAUGCUUUCUGGAAAAAGUAUACAGAGGCUCAGAAUCAGGGGCAGAAAAUCGAUGUGACUGCUCUGUUGGUCGGCAUCAUCGCAGGGGGCGUGGCCAUCAUCAUAAUGGGGCUCCUGAUCUGGUAUUCCUGCCAGAAGCAGUGCAAAAAUAAGCCCGUCAGGAGUCGUUCGAGACGCAGUAAUGCCUCUGUGAUCAUUAGGAGGCUAGAGGAGGUGUCACUGCACCCCAUCCCUGCUCCUCCUUUAUCAGAUGAAAUGGAAACACAUGGUCUCCCCUCAUACGAGCAGGCCAUUGCUAUAACUGGACCCCACGAUGCUCCACCACCGCCAUAUCCUGGAUCGAGACCAGGCACCAUUCAACGAUAAGCCAACCCUGUCAUCAAAUAAACCUGGAUUGGGUGUUUCUUAAUUUAAACCAGAAACUGUAAUGUGGUGUUAUGAACUAUGUUUUGUUUCAGAAUCACUUAUAGAGCUGGCUUGGUUAUGAAUAAUGUCUAUAGUGUACUGGUUUUACACUAAUUAAAACGUUUAAUUUAUCUAAUAUUUGAUUGCGCCUACAUUUUGCAGUGCUGUAUAAGUAGAUAGUUGGCCAGGUCAUUUCAGUUUACAUUUGUGAAUGAAGCACACUAAGAUUAUGCUAAAUGCCAAUAGCCUAUAAUGCAUUUGAUUCCAUGUGUCUGUGAGGGCUUUUGAUGAAGGAAAAUAGUGAAGAAAGUUGAUUAAUAAAAUUGUGAAUAAUACAUAUAGAACUCAGUUGUUUCCCAUUAACACUGACCUACUAAACAAUACCAGCUUUACCUCGUUUACCUCUUUUUAUAUAUAUAUAUAUAUAUAUAUAUAUAUAUAUAUAUAUAUAUAAUAUAAAAAUGGUUGUUGAUGUGCUUAUAAUUGACACGUUUUUUCUUUAUAUUUUGUUAAUUAUGUCUCAUUAUUUUGUUCAUCUUUUGUCCUGUCUGUUGAAUAUAGCCACACAAAUCAGAACACUGUUCCAUUAAUUGAGAUUAAUGUAGCCAUUUUUUUUUUUUUUUUUCUCGAGCAAAAGGAUGUGGUUUUGGGGAAAUAACGUGGUCAACCAAAGGUUCCUCCUUGUUGGCUGACUUUUUCUUUGCUUUCAAUGUUUUGAUAAUUAUGUCUGUUUUCCAUAGCAGAUAGUUAAUAUAUGUUUAAUACAAAAAUAAUAAAAUGAAUAAAUUAA